CCGGGUUAUAACAGAACAGGCUUUAGGGGUUUUGAGCUUGUUUGGAGUGCGGGGUUUUUCUUGUCACUCGCUCGCUGAGCUUCGGAAGGCUCCAUUUCUUCUUGGCGUGAGAAGCCGCAUUUGUAGAGGAAGUAAAUCGGCAAUUUCAUAUUUUCUUCAAAGGCGAACUUCAACCUGCAUACUAGGUAGGAUCAUAAACCACAGCCGGCACGCUCCAGAAAUGGCGACCUCAGUCCCACCUCUUGCCGGUACUGUUCCACCCACCUAUCCAAAACCGGUGGAAACUCAACCGGAAAAGCUGGACUACAUGAAUCUUCCUUGCCCCAUUCCCUAUGAAGAAAUCCAACGCGAAUCAUACAUGUCAUUGAAGCCGGAACUUUUUGAAGGAAUGCGCUUUGAUUUUUCGAAAGUACUAAACCAGAGAUUUUCUCUCAGCCACAGUGUGUUUAUGGGACCCACAGAAGUUCCUUCUCAGUCCACUGAAACAAUUAAAAUACCAACUGCUAAUUAUGAGUUUGGUGCAAACUUUAUAGACCCACAGUUGAUGCUUAUUGGGCGGCUGAUGAUGGAUGGGAGGCUAAAUGCUAGACUGAAGUGUGAUUUGUCCGAAAAUCUCUCUCUGAAAGGAAAUGCUCAACUUGCAUCUGAGCAACACAUGUCACAUGGCAUGGUCAAUUUUGAUUAUAAGGGAAAAGACUACAGGGCUCAAUUUCAACUUGGUAGUGGGGCAUUGCUUGGAGCCAGUUACAUCCAGAGUGUGACUCCAAAUUUAUCACUUGGCGGUGAAGUCUUUUGGGCAGGCCAGCAUCGCAAAUCUGGCAUUGGCUAUGUUGCUCGGUACAACACAGACAAGAUGGUCGCUGCAGGUCAAGUUGCUAGCACAGGAACGGUUUCACUCAGUUAUGUUCAGAAAGUCUCCGAGAAGGUUUCUUUAGCAUCUGAUUUCAUGUACAACUACCUAUCAAGAGAUGUUACAGCUAGUGUUGGUUAUGAUUACAUUCUAAGACAGUGUCGACUUAGAGGGAAAAUUGAUUCCAAUGGCUGUAUCAGUUCUUUUUUAGAAGAGCGUUUGAACAUGGGCCUAAAUUUUAUUCUCUCUGCAGAGGUUGAUCACCUAAAGAAAGACUAUAAAUUCGGAUUCGGGAUAACAGUUGGAGAGUAGACAACCAUUUGAGCUGCAAUGGUUGAAUCGUCUUUGCUUGUUAAUUAUUUUCAUAUUUAGGCAGCAGUUUUGUACUUUCUACAAAUGGUUACUUUUAAUGAUUUCUCAGUUUGGUGUAAUUGAUUUCUUAGAUGCCAAUUUGUAGGGUGUAGAGAUCAUUUUUCAAAAUCCAAGAUUUGUUGUCAGAAACGGCUUUGGUGCAUCUAUUUUUUUAAGGAUUUUGUAGCGUUCUUUAUCAAUAAAAAAGGCAAUGACAUACUCAUACUUUCGGUGAAGUCUAC